CUUCCUUCAUCUUCUGAACCUUUGAAGCCCCCCAGCGGGUGGGGUAGCUCCGUCAGCACUGCCAUGGUCUUGGAGUGGCUGAGCUCAUUGGAUGUGGCAGAUGCUCCUCACGUGGACCCCCUCGCUCAUUUUUUGGGCCACCUGGAGAUCGGACAUGGAGCUUCCUCCGGCUCAGACUUCCUCAUGCUAGGUCAGACAGACGAGCACCUUUCGCACCAUGUGCACCAUGAUCACCCAACGUCCAUGCUGGAGGUGCUACCCAGGCGCUAUGCACGAAAGCUGGCGACCAAGGCGGUGAACAAGGCGGCCUGGCUGCAUGAUGCGGUGGUGGACUUUCAAGAGACGGAGCUCUUCUGGCAGGCCCACCGCUUUGCUCGCAGACAUGUGGUGGCAGAGGCUUUUGGCCUCGGCGCCGUCACCGGCGGCCUUUUGCUGCUCACCGCCCCAUCUCCAUCACCGAGGCCCAAAGCGCCAGAAGAGAAGGACCAACAUACCCUGCAGAGGAAGGUACGACCGCAUGUGCGAGCGGCGUUACCCACGCUGCCAGUGGUUGACGAGGAGGUCGAAAGCGAGAUGACUUCAGAGGGUGGUGGAGAGCUUGACGACAGCGGAGCUGAAGAUGAGCCCUACUAAAUGAGCCCGGUCGAGCGCGAAGGGGCCAGCCGCUGAUGGAGCCCUUGCACGGAGCAACGCUCCGAAUCCCCCACCUUUUCCUAUUGAGGUCACUAACAAGAAGCUACUAGUAACCAGGGCAUCGCUACGAACGGAGCGAUCGGACGUAGCGAC